UGCGGGGCUUCCAAAAGGUUGGGCUGCAGCCAUCUCCGGGAGCCGCAGCCCCCUCCCUGCUCCGCCCCCUCGCCAGCCUCCUCCUCGCCAGCCACCUCAGUCCUCGCGAUUCCCCUCUCCGAAGGAGGGUGAAGCUGGUGCUGGUUUCUGUCAGCUCCGCAGACCGCUUAGCGAGCCCUAGCAGAGGAGCUGCGAAUGCACCCUGAAGACCAGAGGACCCUUGGCUGUGGCUCUAAUUACACUUUGCCUAAAGUGGGGGUCGCGGUGGAGUUUCGCCUCCACCUCUCAAUGCGAAAGCUAUGCGGAGAGCAGUCGGCUUCCCUGCACUGUGCCUGCUUCUUAAUCUUCACGCUGCAGGGUGCUUUUCUGCAAAUAAUGACCAUUUUUUGGCAAUUCAUCAUAAGAAAAAUGGGAAGCCAGCAUUCAUCUAUCACCAUUCGCAAGACAUUGAGAAGAGUCUGGAUAUAGCUCCUCAAAAGAUAUAUAAACAUAGCUACCAUUCCUCUUCCCAAGCUCUAAUCAGCAAACGUCACCAAAUUGUUAACUCAGCAUUUCCUAGACCUGCUUAUGACCCGUCUCUUAAUUUGUUGGCUGUAGCUGGUCAGGAUCUUGAAGUGGAAAACCUUCCAAUCCCAGAAGCAAAUGUAAUUGUGGUGACACUACAAAUGGAUGUGAAUAAGUUGAACAUAACCUUGUUACAGAUAUUCCGUCAAGGAGUGGCUGCAGCUUUGGGACUCCUACCUCAGCAAGUGCAUAUCAACCGCCUCAUUGAAAAGAAGAACAGAGUUGAACUCUAUGUCUUGCCCAUAAAUCGAAAAGCAGGUGUGUCUGAUGCUCUGCCAUCUGAGGAAGUACUGCGUUCACUCAAUAUCAAUGUUUUACAUCAAAGUUUAUCCCAAUUUGGAAUUACGGAAGUCACUCCAGAGAAAAAUGUUUUACAAGGGCAGCAUGAAGCGGACAGAAUAUGGAGCAAAGAAGGAUUUUAUGCUGUUGUCAUUUUCCUCAGCAUCUUUGUUAUUAUAGUAACGUGCUUAAUGAUUCUCUAUCGAUUAAAAGAAAAGUUCCAGCUUUCCUUGAGACAAGAUAAAGAGAAAAAUCAAGAGAUCCAUCUGUCACCCAUAACAUUACAGCCAGCACAGUCAGAGGUAAAGAUAGGCCACAGCAUGGUCCAGCCUGAGCAGGCGCCCAAGGUGCUGAAUGUGGUGGUGGACCCUCAAGGUCGAUACCCUCCUGAGAUCAAAGCAACCACCUCUGUGUGCCCUUCUCCAUUCAAAAUGAAACCCAUAGGACUUCAGGAAAGACGAGGGUCCAAUGUAUCUCUAACACUGGACAUGAGUAGCUUGGGGAAUGUUGAACCCUUUGUGGCUAUACCAACACCACGGGAUAAAGUAGCCAUGGAAUAUCUACAGUCAGCCAGCCGAAUUCUGACAAGGUCACAGCUGAGGGACAUCGUGGCAAGUUCACACUUACUCCAAAGUGAAUUUAUGGAAAUACCAAUGAACUUUGUGGAUCCUAAAGAAAUUGACAUUCCACGACAUGGAACUAAAAACCGCUAUAAAACCAUUUUGCCAAAUCCUCUCAGCAGAGUGUGUUUACGACCCAAAAAUGUAACUGAUUCUCUGAGCACCUACAUUAAUGCUAAUUAUGUUAGGGGCUACAGUGGCAAAGAGAAAGAGUUCAUCGCCACACAGGGCCCCAUGAUCAACACCGUAAAUGAUUUCUGGCAGAUGGUUUGGCAGGAAGACAGUCCUGUGAUUGUUAUGAUCACAAAACUCAAAGAAAAAAAUGAGAAAUGUGUACUUUACUGGCCAGAGAAAAGAGGAAUAUAUGGCAAAGUUGAAGUUCUGGUUAUCAGUGUAAAUGAAUGUGAUAACUACACCGUUCGAAACCUCAUCUUAAAGCAAGGAAGUCACACCCAGCAUGUGAAACAUUACUGGUACACAUCAUGGCCUGAUCACAAGACUCCAGACAGUGCCCAACCCCUUCUACAGCUCAUGCUGGAUGUAGAAGAAGACAGGAUUGCUUCCACAGGCCGAGGACCAGUGGUUGUCCACUGCAGUGCAGGGAUAGGUAGAACGGGGUGUUUUAUUGCUACAUCCAUUGGCUGCCAACAAUUGAAAGAAGAGGGAGUUGUUGAUGUGCUAAACAUUGUCUGCCAGCUUCGUAUGGACAGAGGUGGAAUGGUCCAAACCAGUGAGCAGUAUGAAUUUGUGCAUCAUGCUCUGUGCCUGUAUGAGAGCAGACUUUCAGCCAAAACUGUCCAGUGAUCCUUGGAAGCUUACCAGACCAUCAAUCUCUAGGAGUGAUUAACCAAUUACUCACUUGAGGCUUCCAGAAGGAGGUUCCUGCAGUGGAAGGAAAGAGAAGCUCUGAAGCCAGGCUUUGGCACGAUUGUGGAAGAUUUGGCAACACAUUAAAGAUUGCUCGUCCCCUGUGUAUAAUGAAUGCAUCCCUUAAAAUUAUUUCAAAGGUCCUAUGCUGCUGGAGGGAUGAUAGAUUCCUUACACAGCGUAAGGCAGAUUUUGUUUUGUCGGUAUUGACUAUAUAACACAGAGAAUGGGUGCAUGAAAUACUCAAUGACAUGUGUCAUUGGAUGAUGACAAGAAGAGCUGCUGAAGAAAUUAUUAUUGUAUUUUAGAUGCUUCAAUGUUUGCAAAACCUGUCUUGUGAAUGGACUGUCAGCUGUUAAACUGUCCCUGUUUUAAGUGCUAUUACCCUACUCAGUUAUCAGAAUCUUGCCGCUAAAGUUGCAAGUGAUUGAUAAUGGAUUUCUAACCAAAUUAGUCCUUGUUUUUGGAAAUAAAAGAAAAAGAAUCAAAAGCAGUAGCUAUUUUAUAUGAAACUAUGUCGUGAUGAUAUCACCAAUUACAUGUGCAUUGAUCAGUACCUCCUGUCAAUCAGUUACAGAGCACAAUGAUUGUCAUUGGGUAUUAGAUGUAUUUACUCUCUAUUAUUGGGCAGAGAGAUUGUUUCUGCUCCAGAACUCGAUCCACUGUAUUUCUACAUUGUGAGUCAUUUUACUUUUAAGGGAAAAAAAAAUAAACUGGUUUGUAGUAAUUAUGAUAUAUCAAAAACAUUUUAAAUACUGUCUCUCUUUUACUAAAAAGGAAUUUUUGAAUAUGCUGCCUACCUGGACUUUCUCACUCACUAAAAGUUGGAUGCCUUUGGGAAUGAUGUAACCUGUCCCAUUUCUAGAGGAUCUUCAAAAGGACUUUGUUAAGGAUAUGAAUAUCCUUAUAUUUCUGAAAAGGUUUAAUUCUCAAGGGUCAAAUAGAGUUAUAAAAAAAAAUACUACACUCAGCACACUAGAUGUUCUGUUCAAAUUUGAAUUUUAAUGAACUUAUGUUAACUUUGUUUCAUACUGCCAAUAAAUUCCUCUUAAUAUUA